AUGAGCCGCAUAAAGGACAAAAGCACAACACUUUCAAAAAAUAAAAAAUUCGGUCCAAAUAUAAAAUCCUGUUCAGAAGAAAAAAAAAGUAUCCUGGUAAAAAACAGCUCCAGCAUUAAAAACACAAAAAAGGGAUUUUUAAUUGAUGAAGAUAAUAUAAUUAACAAAAUAAAAGAGCUAAAUAUAAUUCUGUUACAAAAUAAAGACGAAAUAGAUAAUCUGAAGCAAGAAAAUGAAUCAUACGUUACACAAAUAACCAAUUUUAUGAAUAAGUGCAAAGAACUACAAAAUAUAUGUAACGAUAAAGAUAUUAUACUUUUCAAAUAUAAACAAGAAGAAAAGAAUCUUUUACAAUUAAUAGAUUCUUAUAAAAAAGAAAAGGAAGAAUUACAAAAUGAAAUAGAAAAACUAGAAAAUAACAUCCAAUCUACAAAAGGACAAUUGUUGGUACAAAAUAAUGAAAUAGAUAUAUUAAAGAAAGAAAUAAAAGAAAAAGAUAAAAAUAUUGAAGAGCUAAAUAUAUAUAUAAAGCAUACGGAAGAUGAAAUAUUAAAGCUUACAAAUGAAAAUAAUAAAAAUAAAGAAGAUGUAAAUAAUAAUAUAAAGAAACAAAAUAAAAUAAAUGAACACAUUAAUGAAAAAGAAAAUGUUAUAAAAGGCUUAGAGGAAAAAAUACAAAAAUGUAACAAAGUCAUAAAGGAUAAAAUAGAAGAAAAUGAAACUAAUAAAAAAAAGAUACAACAACAAAAUGAAAAAAUAAAUUAUAUAAAUGAUAAAAUACAAGAUCUUGAAAGAGAACAAAAAAAUGACAAAGAGAAAAUUAAAAAAUAUAUAGAAAAAAUUAAAACAUUAAAAAAGACAAGUACUAUUAUGGAAGAAAAAAAGAAAGCAGACAAAAUCGAUGAACAAAAUAAGGAGAAGAAUCAACAAGAAGAAAUAUAUAACUCACAAAUAUAUAAUAUAAAUAAAAAGAUCAAUAAAAAAGGUAUCAAAAAUGGUAAUAUGAAUAAAUCUGAUAAAAUGAAUAAAAUAAAUAUGAAUGGAAAAAAUAUAUCAACAAAUCAAAAAAAUGUAUGUAAUUCUAGAAGUACUAGUAAUAGUAGUAGUAACAGUAGUGAUAUGAGUCAGGAAGAAAUUGUUAGCUUCUCAAGUAAAUACAAUAUAAAACAAAAUAAAAUAAACACAUCUCAAAAAUGA